CUACGCGACUUUUAUUUUGAAAUGUGUGUCCGCCAAUGACAGAGUGUUGAAAUUGCGGCUUCACGGCAUUCAGACCUAAAACAUCAGACAUGGAGACCCGCUUCACUAGAGGUAAGUCCUCCAUCCUGGAGCGCUCUCUGACCAGGCCUAAGACGGAGGUGAGUGUCAGCGCCUUCGCCCUGCUCUUCUCGGAGAUGGUGCAGUACUGCCAGAGCCGUGUGUACUCCGUGUCCGAGCUGCAGGGCCGCCUGGCCGACAUGGGCCAAGGUGUCGGUGCCAGCCUGCUGGAUGUUCUGGUGAUGAGAGAGAAAAACGGCAAACGAGAGACCAAAGUGCUCAACAUACUGCUCUUUAUCAAGGUGAACGUAUGGAAAGCCCUGUUUGGCAAGGAAGCCGAUAAACUGGAGCAGGCCAACGAUGACGACAAGACUUACUACAUCAUAGAGAAGGAGCCGCUGAUUAACGCAUACAUAUCAGUCCCUAAAGAGAACAGCACUCUGAACUGCGCAGCCUUCACUGGAGGCAUCGUAGAGGCCAUUUUGACUCACAGUGGAUUCCCAGCUAAAGUAACUGUGCACUGGCAUAAAGGAACCACACUCAUGAUUAAGUUUGACGAGGCAGUUAUUGCUCGAGAUAAGGCACUGGAUGGCAGAUAAGAGACCCUGCUUAUGUUCUGAGGAAAUUGCCUUGUUCCCUGAUUGAUAUUGAAUUUCCAGUAGUCCAGUUUUUAAAAGGAUACUGAUUGGGGCAGUAAGGUCAGCAAUGUCAGUGAGGGACUAAGGGCAUGAUGCUGUUUGAGAGAGUGCUGAUAGUGGACCACUUCUUUGGUCAGUUCUUUGACCACUUUACAUAUUCCAUGUUUGAAUUGGCAAAAGUUCAACAAAAGGUCAAACAUCCCUUGACAGCACAAGCUACAGUGUUGAGUUAGUAGUGAUGUGAGAGCAUGAUUGAUUAGAGAGAAGAAUUCAUUUGGACAUUAUCUAUUUUUUAUUAAAUGGCCUAAAUCAUGGAAAACCAGAUUUAUCUCAUUUUUUUUAAUGAGGUGUUUGAUGAAGUAUAUAAAUGUUGUUAGUGUCACCAGUUCAUAUGGGCAUGCAUGAAAGCUUAACUGUAAAAACAGCCUGUUUUGAAUUUGUUGUUUUUGUGAUUUUGCAUUUCCAUACAUCCACCUUUUCACCCCACAGCAGGUUGGCCCUGCCCAUUCAUGUUGAAGUUAUAAAGGAUAAAUAGAAGAACCCUUGGGUCAAAUUAUAUUUUGUUGACCUUCUAAGAUAAAAUAUGUUACAGAACCUCUACAGAGAACACACGUCUGCACAUUUUAAGGCACAAUUACUCUUUAUUGCUGUUGUUGAUUAGAAUAUAUUGGGAAAUAAACAUAAAAUGUUGUCUGUGCAUAAAUGUUUAUAAAUAUAUACUUAACAAAUCAACAGAACGUCAUUUGACCCGGGUUGUUCAUAUUGUUCUUAAAUGCAUGGCAAUGUAAACAGCCUGUUUAUUUGUAAGAAGGAGGUUAGAUAAUGGUCAUGUAAAAAUGAGUAAUGACAGUUUUGGUACAUAAAUUCAGACAUCAUACAUGAAACGCACUGCAAAUCAUAUUCAAGCCUAAGUCAGAGGCCACUGUAAAUGACAAAUGCACUGUAGUUUAAAUGCAUUCAUCUUAAAGGUGCGAUAUAUAUGUUCGCAUUUUGCUUGUAAGUUGUGUAUUUAAUGCCUGUUUGCUGGUCACAUGGUGCUGGAGGAUGAAUCAACCUGCUGAGACAGCCAUUGUAGAAACACAGGCAUUUCCCCAACGUCUGUAUUGGAAAGAGCUUGCACUUAUUUUCACCAUGUUAUUUUCCAAACUGCUGCACUAUAAUGCUUUUUCAUAAGGUUCUGCAGAUUUUAUUGGGAAAUAUUGUAUUUUAACUUAUGCUAACAAAUGUGAUGCUCAACUUUAAAACAGACAACACAUUAUCCACUCUUCUAUGAAUGAGCUUCACCCACUACACAAACAAUGCCAUCAAUAGACUGGAUGUGUUGAUAUAUUAAAGAUAUUUCAUAAGGACUCAAGAGGAGUCAUCUGUUUGGCUGACUCUGUGUCUAAUGUUUUCCUUAGUGAGUUCCUCUUAAACACUUUUUAGUGUACAGUUUAAAUUCUUCAGAGGGCUUAGUUAUGUGAUAAUGGACUUUCCAGUGUGAACAAUGUUGCAUUGCUGUGGAAAAUUGUUAUUUGCAGUGCAGAGCUUUAAAGGUAAAUGUCUUUGGGUCCAUGUAAUAAAAUAUCUGAACACCAAUAAAAGGCUUGUGAACUGUU